UUGUUUAUUUAAAAAAAAAAAUGAAUGAUUUGGAAAAUAUUUUUCCUAAAAAUGAUUACAUAUAUCACUUAUUGGAAUGAAUGAAUAAAAAAUAUUUUCGUAGUUUAUAGAAAUAUUUAGAUGUAUAUUAUUGUUGGCGAUGAAAAUAUUUUUCAUUAACUAAUUAUUUUAAACAAUAGAAGCGAUUAUUUUCAAGAUGAUAUUUUCAAAUUAUUUAUUUUAGACGGAGCGUAAAAUGUUGGAUGUUCAUUGUCAAAACAAUUCUACUCUUAUCCCUACUUUUGAGUUCAUUUCUCUAGUAACCACUCAAGUGGGGACAUUUUCUAGUAGUUCAAAUUUCAUACAUCAAUGGUAUAUCUAGACUUUUCUAAUCUAAAACCGUGAAAGCAGCCCAUAGGCAUAUAGAUAGAAAAUAAUAUAAUCCCAUAGACUUUUCUGCACCAGUACAGUUUUGAGAGAUUGCUGCAUAUUUCACCACGAGACCAAAGACCUGAGUUUCUCUUUGCCUUGGUCUGGCACGUCUUUGAACUCGUCAACCCUUUUCGUUUGGCGUCAUCAAUGACAGUUUCUCCAUUAUGAAGUCACCGGAUAUGUCACCAGCCCCCCCUGGUGCUCGUAACCAUCACCCCUUUAUAAAAAGCAAACGAAGUCCUCACACCGUAUUGUGUGCUUCGAGCUUGAGAUAGAUCGAUCCAGAGAUCUUAGAGAAAGAUCCAUGGCCACGAAUUUCGUCGUUCCGACUAAAAUGAAGGCUUGGGUGUAUCGCGAGUAUGGAGACGUCGGCAAUGUGUUGAGAUUAAACCAGGAAUUCGAGGUCCCUGAAGUGCAAAAAGGCCAGGUGCUGGUUAAAGUCCUCGCCGCAGCACUCAAUCCGAUUGACCACAUGAGAGUGAAUGCAGUUUACAAGCUCCCGCACUUUACUUUACCGGCCGUCCCGGGCUACGAUCUUGCUGGGAUUGUGGUGAAGGUGGGUGGCGAAGUGGAGAAGCUGAAAGUUGGGGACGAGGUAUAUGGAUGUGCCACGAUAUACGGGACGCUGGCAGAGUACACGGCCGUGGAUGAGUCAACCUUGGCUUUGAAGCCCAAGAAGCUGAGUUUUGAGGAGGCUGCUUCCUUGCCGUUGGUCAUUCAUACUGCCUAUGGAGGCCUCGAAAGAGUCGGCCUCUCACCCGGCAAGUCCCUCCUUGUCUUGGGUGGUGCCGGUGGUGUCGGCACACUCGUGAUACAGCUAGCUAAGGAAGUUUUUGGUGCAUCAAGAGUAGCAGCUACAUGUAGCACUGGGAAGCUAGAUUUGUUGAAGAGUUUGGGUGCUGAUCUGGCCAUUGACUACACCAAGGUCAAUUUUGAAGACCUCUCAGAAAAGUUUGAUGUUGUCUAUGUGGCAAUUGGGCAAAGUGAGCGGGCAGUGAAGGCUGUGAAGCCUGGAGGGAGCGUGGUGACGAUUGUAGAACAUAGCAAGACAUUACCCCCGCCAGCUUUUUCCUUCGUAUCAGCAUCGGACGGUGCGACAUUGGAGAAGUUAAAGCCCUUCUUGGAGAGCGGGAAGGUGAAGCCGGUGAUUGAUCCGAAGAGCCCGUUCCCGUUUUCGCAGGCCAUUGAGGCCUUCUCGCAUCUUCAAACCCGCCGGGCAGCCGGAAAAGUCGUGAUCCAUCCCGUCCCGUGAAACACACCCAAGAAGGAAGUAGAGCCUUCACAUGGAUCUGCCUUAAUCACGAGUCCUUGAUUAGCGGUCGAUGGUGCUUCUUGUUGUCUCUGUAUAUUUGACUUCUCUGUAUUCUAGUUUCUACGUUUAGAGUUAGUGCGAUGGGAGGUUUAAAAUUUCCUAGUCUCCAUAUUGUGCCUUUGUCACCGAAAGUAAAUUUUGAUGGCGAUAUAUCUAACUAUCCUUGAAAUUA